AUGCCUCGCAAUGCCGGCGUAGCACCAUCCCUACGCAAGGGGCCCAAUUGGUCCUCCCACUUACGUCAGUUCAGCCGAAGCAGCCUCGAACCGCCCUCCGCAACAUCGUCCGUCGACUCACCUCGAUCCCCGGAUACCGUCUCUAGCGCCUCGACCAUUCGCGGCGACAACUCGUCCAGCUCCGUAAAGCAGCGUCGUCUCGAGCGGAGGUGCACCAUCGGCGUCAACGAAGGGUACUCGCGCGACGAGGUACUCCUGAGCCCGGAGGUGGUCAAGGGCGAUGUCAGACCCGGGAGCCUCGUGGCCAUCACGGUGAUCAAGACCGAGGGCGAUAAGACGGCGACAAAGGACCAUGCGACAACGCGCGGCGGGAACACUACGGGUAACGCCGGCGCGGGAGCGGGACAAGGCGAUGCGGCGCCCGAAGGGGUGACGCUGGGGAAGAAGUACUUUUGCGUCGCAAAGGAGAUGUCCAAGGAGCUCAAGAGCCGCCUACCCAACGUCGAUAUCUACGUCGUCAAGCACAUUGCAGACGCAUUUGGCAUGAAGAAGGGCACGCAAGUGCUCUUGACGCCGGUGGAUGCCGACAACCCCGCGACGGCGGCCUCGCACGUCGAGCUCUCGUUCAAGGACCAGUACCUCUCGCGAUCCGACAUUUGGCGGCUGGCCAUCGGCGAGCUGACGGAAAGGACGGUUUACAAGGGCCAGUCAAUAUUGUUUAUGGGCACGAUCAAGGCGCAGGUUACGGCGGUAUUUGUGGACGGGCGAAAGACGCACUCGGCCUUCUUCACGAGGAACACCAGGCCAAUUUUCCGGAGCGAGUCGGCGAGAUACGUGCUGUUCAUACAGAUGGCGAGGGAGAUGUGGGAUUUCGACUCGGAGGGAUCCGGCGAGAUUCUGUUCAACAAGGUAGUCAACGGCUUCCUGCCGGCGCUCUUCAAGAAAUGGGCCAAGCUCAAGGCGAAGCACCUCGUGAGCAUCGUGCUGUUUACGAGGGUCGAGUACGACACGGGCCUGACGACAGAGCUGGCGAGCAGCACGCUGCACGGAGAUUACUACACGGGCGUGCAAAUAUCGGGCGACCGCAGGCCGUACAAGGACUUUUACCGCGUGGUGGUCAGCGAGAUGGCGAGCGGGGAGUGGACGACGAUCCUAAACCAGCUGAAGCGCGAGUUCAACUUCUUCCGGCGAGACAUCAGCCUGCACCACCAAAAGGCCAACAGCGCCUUCGUGCCGCUGGCCGAGGAGAACGGCGGCAAAAGCAUCACGUCCAACCGCGUCAAGGCCGAGUCGUCGUUGGCCAUGUACGGCAACUUCCUCGAGGCCAUCAACCUCGCGUCGUCCCAGUUCGCGCACGACUAUGUCGACCGCGACCUCAUGCGGACGGGCAUCUCAAUUGUGGUCAUCAGCCCCGGGCCCGGCGUGUUUGAGGUCGAGUAUGAGUCUCUGCGCCGGACCACCGAGGCCCUCGUAGGAAACGGCAUCGGCAUCGACCUCAUCUGCGUGCCAAAGAUGCCGCUGCACUCCGUCCCGCUGUUCCGGUACCGCAACCCGCAGACGUCGGAGGGCUCGCACGGCCUGUCGAGAUCGAGGUCCGUACGCAGCCGCGAGAGCACGCCGAAGCAGCAGGCUACGCCCAUCAUCGGAAGCUACCAGUCGCUGUCCGAGUCGCUGUCCCCGACAAAGGGCCUCGAGCUCGCCCACCGCAUAGACAAGCUGGCGAACCCGCAGGACGAGUGGUCGUACGCGGUGCCCCAAUGGCUCCACGUCUCCUACUGGACUGGGACGUCCGAAGAAGCGCUGUCGUAUCAAGGCAUCGCCCUCUCGGUGUCCGAGGACAAGGAGGGCCAGCAGAGCGAGGACUUUGCAAUUCGCGCGAGGAUGUACGACCUGCAGAUGCGCAGCGUCCUCGAGACGAACGAGAUCGAGACGACCCCGCUGCAGGCUGACCCGCUGUUCCCCGUCACGACGACCGAAUCCAAGAGUUCGUUGCGGUCGCGGCUCAGCGGGACGGACGAGAUCGCCAUGAUACCCCAGAAGCGCCACCAGGACACGCUCGUGGACCACGUCUACGGGUUCCAAAAGUUCAUGCCCGACAGGCUCGUGAAGCCGGGUGAGAAGUCGCUGUGGAAGCAGCUGCAGGAGUACGACGAGACGAGGGCGAGGCUGCCCAGGUCGCGGCACCCCGCGCAGGCGAGGGCAUCGCGGGACCUGGAGGAGACGAUGAGGCGGCAGCUGAUGGAGGACGCGGGGCUGUUUGGGACGUCGCUGCCUGAGAAGAGGAUUGUGCCGAACCAGAGCCUCGCGGCCGUCACCGUGGGGCGCAAGUUGUCGGUCAAUAUUGCCGAUAGCGAAAAAGCAGAGAUUGUGGCCGCUGCAAGGAAGGCUGCGAAUCAUCCUCCCCCGAAGGCACCUUCAUCGUCGGCGGCCGGGGCGUCUAAUCAGACGUCUUCUUCCACCUCUUCCUCGACGACCCCUGAUUCUCACAGCGUGGUGGGCAAGAUGUCUGUAAACUCGCCGUCCAAGCCUCCCCGGUUCAUGCGGCAGAUUAGCCUCGGCCUGCGGGGCUUCGGCAUCGCGGCGCCAAAGGUGGUGGCGGCAGAAGCGAGCUUCGAGACGGUCAAGGCGUCGACGGAGCAGAGCGUGACGAGCCCUACGAUGCCGCUGGUCAUGUCGACGAGGCCACGACCAUCGUCGCCGCAAGUCAUUAAGCCGGCGACGUCGACGGCCAUGUCUUCGUUCUCGCCGCAGCUGUUCCGGUCGGAUUCGCGGGAUACCCUCAAGGAUCUGCCCUCGACGCCGAGUAUACCCAUCAACAUGAAGGCCUCCUCGCGGAGGGGCGAGAGCUCAAUCAGUCAGCAGCACAAGCACGGGACCGUUCUGCCGUCGUCCCUGGCGCGCAAGGACCAUUUCCGGGAGGACCCCGAUCAGAGGAAUUCUCACGUGUUUAGGGCAGAGGAGGACAAUCAGAAAAUGUUCAAUAGUAAGCUUCGCGCUGGUGCUAUGCCCGAGCUGCCCUCUACCUUGUCGCCGACCACGGCUAUCUCGCCUUGGCUCACGGUGCUGAACCCGUCGAACCCGGACAGGCACAAGGUGGAUGACACGGUGCUGUAUAGCCGGUGGCAGCAUGUAUUCCCCCGGACUUCGGAGAUGAAGGUCAUGAAGUGGAAGGCCCUCUGCUGUCCGGCCGCCGUGCCGCUCACAACCGAGUACUUUCCCUCAAAAUCACAGUUUGACACAGAGUAUCAGAGACAGCCGUAUGUUAUUGCGCAGAACGCCGACGACGAGCUCACAGAGGAGCCAAAGUCGAGAGAGGAGUUCUUUCGGGAGCUGAUCAGCCUCCGUUUCUCACAAGGGUUCCAAGUUGUCAUCGGCCCAUCCGUCGCCAAGGCAUUUGGGCAGAGGCUGCUUCGGAUCGCCGACAUCUUCUCCCGCGACCAGGCGAUGGAGGACGGCACGAGCAUCUUCCUUUCGGUGGGCAACACGAUCCACCAGCUCUCGUGCGUCAACGGCACGGAAGUAGAGGUGAACAUUUACAUACGCAAACCGGCCGAGUCGACGGCACGGAAGCCGGCAAUUCGCACGUUGAUGGAAAGCGGGUAUCAGACACAAGAGGUUGACAUCUCCACGCCGAAACCCGAGAGAAACUGGAACUACAUUGACUCGUACCUCGCCGGCCACCACGAUGAGAUGACGGAGAAUCUGAGAUUCUGGAGGACACGGUUCGUGCUUAUCCCGAUGGUGUCGCGGUCGUCGGCGGUGCCUAGGAACCAGGCCGGCGACAACGCCGAGGAGGUGCGUUUGGAGGGUAUUAGACGGUUGUCGCUGUCAUGGCAGAAGUACCGGUACAUCCCGCCAUUUGAGCGGAGAUAUCAGACCGCAAAAUCGAAGCGCGAUCCCAACCCCCUUGAUAUUGUGUACAAGACGGAGGACCCGUCCGUCGUCAUUGCGGCGGAGCUCGACAACUUACCGUUAGUGGAGGGCCUGGGGGAGAACCGCAAGGGACAGCUCAUCACGAGUCGCGAACACUUUCGCAAAUCCAACCUCAACCUCUCGGCGCUGGCGGAGGCGAUACAGCAGCCUGUCGAGAACGGCGGCGUCAAGCUGCAGAACCGGAGGUGGCAUCUGCGACUACACUACAACUGCUUCAUCGGCUCCGACAUGACGACGUGGCUCAUGGACAACUUUGAGGAUCUGGACAGCCGCGAGGAGGCGGAGCAGCUCGGCAACAUGCUCAUGGUCAAGACGUAUGACCGGCCGUCGGACGACAAAAAGGACCGCGGCGGGCUAUUUGAGCACGUUGAGCGCCGGCACGUCUUCAGGGACGGGCAGUACUUUUAUACCGUCGCCAGCGAGUACGCCAAGCCCCACCCGCCGAGUUGGUUCAACUCGCGCCGGGGUCGCGACGUCUCGGUGCCCUCGACGCCCAUGUCGGAAAACGUUCCUCGCGAUUCACCGCGGCCUGGCAUGAUUUCCCGGCCGACGUCCAUCAACGAGGAGAACUCACCCAUCUCGGGCGCCACAACCCCGACGGCGUACUCUGUCAUGUUCAACAGCAAGAAGAUGCCCAAGGUCGUCCUCAGCAAGGUCAUCAAGUACGACGUGGACCACCGGAAGCGGUCGUAUCGGCCCGAGCGCGUCGACUUGCACUACGACCGGCUACACAAUCCGGACAAUUGUUAUCACAUUCGCAUCGACUGGAUGAACGUCACGGCCAAGCUGAUCGAGGACGUGGUGGAGGGGUGGGCGCGGGAGGCGGCGACGUACGGCCUGCGGCUCGUCGAGGUGCCUAUCAAGGAGGCGUGCUCCAUCACGGAGGUGAACCCGUUUCGUAGGCCGUACCUCAUCAACCUGUCGGUGCCACCGCCGAGCCAGCAGCCGGUCACAUACUACGAACCAAACUCGUUCACGCCGCAGACGGCGCCGGGGAAGCACUUUUACCAAAAGGUGAUUAUGCGGAAAUUCGACUUUGUGCUCGACAUGGAGGCCGCAUCGAAUUUCCCCCGCGACGUGGAGGUCAGCUAUUCGUGGGGCAGGCCGGAUUUCAAGUAUUCGCAAUACAUUCACCGCCCGAUGGUGAAGCCCGUGUUCUACGGCGGGGGGUCGCCGGCGGUGAGGGCUGCGGACAUGAGGGCUAGCUCAAGCGCCUCUGGGGGAGGAGGAGGAGCUACGACAGCGACGAACACGACGGCCGCGGUGGACCCGAUUCCGAUCCUCAAGGAGCUCGAGGCGUUUUGCAGCGACAGGGCCGGUCUGGAGGCGUUUUACAAGGAGACGCUGGAGAGGGGACCGCCGCAGGCCAUGACGACGCCGGGUGCGAUGAGGCCUACCGUCGUGGGGCUUGAAGCGGUGCCGGAGGCGAGUAUACCGAUGCUGGGGCUGCCGGCGGGCGUUCUCGGGGAUUUGCACUCUGGCGGUGGGGGUGGCCUGGGUGGUUUUGGUGGCUUUGGUGGAGGUGGUCCGGAAGGGCUUCGGGGGCUUCAUAUCGGCGGGGGAAGUCCGAGCCCGGGGCCGAGGAGCUUGAUGAGUAGUCCUGCGGCGGGGAUGCAGUUUUUGAGGAGGGCUAGUGUGCAGGAUGGGCUUGGCUUGGGGGGUGGGGGGCCGCGGAGGGAGGUUAGGGAGAGGGAGAGGGAGUGA